AGCUCGCGGGCUCCGGCUGUCUGUACAUCGGUCCCGGUCGAACCUACACACACACACUGCCGCUAUUUCGCCGUUCAGUGCCGUCUCCACGUUGAGUUUCUAUAAGAGUGGAAUCGCUAGUAGAUUGGGAUAGACUAACUGAUUCCGACUGCAACCUUCUGCCGCACCAAUAACAACAACCACAGCAGAAAUUAUGGUUGCUAUUUCUUCUAUCUUCUGUAAUUGUAUUAUUCUUAUGCAUACGUCCAUUACUUUGUCUUCGUUGUCGCCUUCUUCUUCCUGAGCCACAAUUCACAUAGCAAUUACCGAUUGCAGCUCUAUGGUGGUGCUGCUGCUUUGGUUUGCCUCGUGACUUUAUUUAACCGAGUCGAAUGUUCUGCUUAGUAGAAAUAACCUGACUGGACACCGUAGCUGUGACAGGGCGUGCGUAUGUGCUCUCGUUUACAAAUUAGCGGUUAUAGUGUACUUCCAAAUUUAAAUGUUUGUAUUGUAUAGGAAAAAAAAUCUUUGCUGAUAUGUCGUCACAGGUUGUCCAUAGCGAACGCAAGAUAAACAAAGCUGUUGUGUAACUGUUGCCAGCUUAUGUCUAGACGACGCAAAAACGCGUCCGGCAAAUCCUCGUUGUUUGGAUCGACGAAAACGGUUAGACGAAAGACAACUUCAUUAACAACAGUUACAACAACUUCUAAGCAUAUUGCGUCCGCAUGUCGCAAAAACUGUUGACGCUCAGCUGCGAAGUACAACCAUCGUUGGUCUCGACGAGCAACAGUUAUAGUUACGAAAUUGCGUUCUGUAAAAAAAAUAUCCAACGGCAAUAACUUCGGCAACAUAACAAAUCGUGCCACAAACGCAUGUGCUGUUGCUGGCCCCUUCUAUGAAGUCAUGCAAGGCCGUACUUUGGCGCAAUUAGCAGCGUCGAGGUUGUGCUUAUUUGCCUUACGAUUGCCGCCGUACAAAACAAAUAAAGCUGUAACGCAACUUCGAUUACUUUCUUCACCAUCAGAUCAUCAUCCAUGUGUUCAUUGCGCGUCAUGAGGUCAACGCCGAUGUUGACGAUGACGUCUGUGAGGCCAAUGCCGACAACGACUUCGUUCUAUUUGCAGCUGCAACAACUAUCUUUGAAUGUUCAGCUUUCAGCGUGGCUAGAAGUUGAAGUUUUCUUCAUUCGGGUGCUGCAGUGACGACGGCUGUAGCAAAAAAAAGCAGCUACCCCCCAGGUCUCCAUUCGUUUCAGCCAGCGGGAAAAAGAACAUGCCAUGCCCCAUCAUCAUGCUCGCGCGUAUGUUCUUCUGCAGUGGCGGGCAAGACUACAAUUCGAAACAGGCGUGCUACCACUGUUGCUACUGCAUCGUUAGUACAACUUCCUACCUCAGAAGUAAUAACAGUAACUGCGGCUGCGGGGGCAGUUUCCGCGGCAGAAGGAUCGCCAAGAAGAGGCCAAUGUUAAAAUGUGAUUUGUUGUGAGAGUGAGUUGUAGCGUGAUUAACACGACGACGACGACACCGACGACGGCGGGCCUGCUUGCAAAGCUGAGGCCACCAGCGAGAGGCCACCGAGUAUGUCCCUGCUGUGGGACCUGGGGUGGCCCCCCUCGAAACACAAGCCCCCGGACGUUGCGGAGCAGCUGCGUUGCCGAAAUCGUAGCCGUACCCGUUGUUGCCGAUGUAGUCCUAUCACGGGUCCUGCAUACGGUGGCUUGGCCAGUCAUUUGAGGGUCAGCCCGAGCCGCGAUUCGGCAGCAGACGUCAACCUAAUAGUGGCCCGAUUAGUAGCAACAACAGCGUCAGUAGUAAACGUGACGACGAAGCUACAGUGGUCAACUAGCUCUCAACCUGGCUUUUCUCGUCGUCCAUGGACAACCUACGCUCAACUUUUUGUUCAACUGUUAUCUUUCUUGUUACCGAUAUCUCUAUGUGUGUCGUGUGCUCAAGGCGUAGAUCUUCAUAUCGCAGGAUUUUUUCCAACGACGUACAAUCUUAGUGAAGGCGCUAUCGGUCGCGGGGUAGUUCCUGCAGUCAAUCUCGCCCUUGAACACCUCAAUAACGCCACGCAGUUUCUGCCAGGAUAUACGCUUGCUAUCCAAUGGAAUGACACACAGUGUGAUCCCGCCGUCGGUAUGAAGUCGUUCUUCGAUAUGGUUCACAGCCAUCCAAAGAAGUUAGCACUCUUUGGAGCAGCAUGCAACGCUGUGACGGACCCCAUCGCUAAAGCGUCUCAGUUCUUUGAACUUAUACAGCUGUCGUACGCCGAUACGCAUCCGAUGUAUUCAGAUGAGAAUUAUCCGAACUUCUUUCGCGUCGUACCGAGCGAAGCGGCCUUCAACCCAGCAAUGGUAUCAUUGCUCAAGCACUUCAACUGGACUCGCGUCGGGUCGCUCUACCAAACUGAUCCCCGUCACUCGCUGCCUCAAAAUAGCCUCCACACAGAACUCGAUAAAGAGAAGAUUACUAUUGUCCAGAUCGAGGGCAUUGGUGAGGGGGACGAUAUAACAGAUGAGCUGAAUAAACUCAGGGAAAUAGAUGUGCGGAUCAUUUUGGGUAAUUUUGACGAGGAGUGGGCUCGCAAAGUGUUCUGCUCUGCUUAUCGAGCGAAAAUGUUUGGCCGGAAGUACCAGUGGAUAAUUGCAGCAAUGUACCGAUCGAACUGGUGGGAGGUCCCUCAGGCUGAUGUAUCUUGUACCCCCGAAGAGCUCGAGGAGGCCAUCCACGGAUAUAUAGGACUUGAUCUUCUACCGCUUAGCACCAAUGAAAAUAUCACCGUCUCAGGAUGGACGCCUAGCGAGUACGAAGCGCAGUACAACAAGUUACGUAACAAGGAGUAUAGUCGCUUCCAUGGAUAUGCGUACGACGGCAUCUGGACUCUAGCAUUAGCGGUACAUAAUGUCAUCAAUAAACUCCGCGCUCAGGAGACGCCUGGAAGUUCGACAAAAGUGACGGAUUUCCAAUACCGAAAUAAUACUUGGGGUCGGCUCUUUCGAGAAGCUCUUAAUGAGACCGACUUUACUGGCGUAACGGGCCCAGUACGAUUUUUCAAGAAUGAGCGAAAAGGUCAAGUGUUGAUCAAACAAUUUCAAAAAGGUCGAGGAGAAGUUAAAAUCGGAGAGUUCGAUUGUCUCGAGGAGCGACUCGACCUUAAUAAAGGACAGCCCAUCCUGUGGCGAGAGGGUAGGGCCCCUCCAAAGGAUCGCUCGCAGGAGGUGGUUGAACGAACACGUGUUAAUCCAACAAUGUAUGCAGCCGUCAGCGUGACGUGCAUCGUUGGCAUUUGCCUGGCCACUGUUUUUCUUGCGAUCAAUAUCCGCUUCCGCAACCAGCGCUAUAUCAAGAUGAGCAGCCCUUACCUCAACAACCUAAUCAUCGUGGGCUGUAUGCUGACGUACACCUCGGUCAUUUUGCUCGGCAUGGACUCAGGCUUCAUGUCUAUCGACCAUUUUCCCUACAUCUGUGCAGCACGAGCGUGGGUGCUCAUGUCCGGGUUCACGUUGGCGUUCGGUGCAAUGUUUAGCAAAACGUGGAGGGUGCACGCUAUUUUUACCAACAUCAAACUCAACAAGAAAGUGAUCAAGGACUAUAAACUGUUUAUGGUCGUUGGCGUAUUCCUUUUGUUAGAUAUCAUAAUUUUAACUACAUGGCAAGUUGUCGAUCCGUUCUAUCGAGAAGUUAAGCGAGGGGAUGCCGUGACGUCAGAUGACGACAUCGCGGUAGUUCCCGAAAUGGAGUAUUGUCAAAGCGAGCACAUGACUAUCUUUCUGGGUAUUGUGUACGGAUACAAGGGUCUUCUAAUGAUCUUUGGCUGUUUUCUCGCAUGGGAGACUAGACACGUCUCUAUACCAGCCCUAAAUGACUCGAAGUAUGUGGGUAUGAGCGUGUACAACGUGGUGAUCAUGUGUUCCAUCGGAGCGGCGAUAUCGUUUGUGCUGAGAGAUCAUCAAGAUGCUGCCUUUAUCAUCAUAUCGGUGUUCAUUAUAUUCUGUUCCACGACUACUCUGUGUCUAGUGUUUGUUCCCAAGUUGGUAGAGCUUCGGCGUAAUCCGGCAGCCGGCGAGCAGCGCGUUCGGGCCACCCUGAAGCCGUUAAAGAAAUCGAGGAGGGAUUCCGAUGAGGACACCAACGCAAACCGGAUCAAGCAACUGCAGGAUGACAACAUGCGCUGCAGGACGCGCCUUGAAGAGAAAAGCAAGGAGCUUCAGCAGUUAGUUGCCCAACUUAAUCAACCAGAUCCGGUGCAGAUUGUUAUAACAAAUUCGCACCAUGAGUCGAACGCUGGUGCCAGCAAAAUCAAACCCAUAAGUACAAGACCUGAAGUGAGCUCACCCUCGCAAUCCCAGAAUAAUUUCACGUCACAAAAAGCAACAACGCAAGAGUACAACCCCAGGUUAGAAGAGUCUCAAGCCUUCCGAUCGCAUCGUCAGGACUCAGUGAUAUCGAGUUCGGAGGAUACCGACAAUCUGGUACAUCAUCACAAGUCCGACAGCAGAAAGCUUUCAAUGGCGUCGCUUCAGGGCAGUCUGCUUGUGGCAACCUCGAUACUUGAGGGCGCAGUGAACGCAUGCGGAAACGUUGGCGUAAGUAACGUUGGUGUAGAGUCAGUGGUGGCCACUGGCGGAGGCGGCGGAGACGUGGGCGGUGGAGGUUCGAGCCUCCAGGCGACACAAACGCUUCGGCCUUUGUCGCUGAUUUCAGAGGUGCAGCAGAUGAUGCAAAGCCAGCAAGUGUGCUAUCAUUCAGCAGGUGGCGGUCUUGGAGCUACCGGCCGAGAUGAAUUCGAUGAUGAUUGUAUUGAUGAGGGACACCACAGUCCCACUGGCCAUGAAGACCGGCCGCACAGCCAGGGCUGUUACGGAGUUGGUGUAAUAUGUUCGUCGCAGAUGAAUUAUCGCAAUCGUAGCUACGGGGUAGAGAGCGUCACUUCUGCCAGCAAUAAAGUCGUCUCUAACAACAUUAUCGACUGCGGUAUAAACGGCGUUAACAUGUCAGUCAGUAGGCUGAAUCCUGAGUGCACUUGCAUCGUUGGCGCAAGCGACCACUCUAUAGACUCACGUGUGCGGCGACGAACGAAGAGCCUUGGCGCUCUACGACAAGGGCAGGCUCAGGUUGACACCGAGGUCGAAGGUCACACAGCCUCGCAGGCUGACAGCGGCACGAACAGCGGCGCAACCUUGCGUGAUCUUACAGCAUCGUCUCAAUUUCUACCGUACCUUUUCUCGAACCAAAGCGCCGUACAGCAACAACAAGAUGGUGGGCACCAUCCGACCAACUUUCAUCACCCUGGUAGUGCCGCCAGUGGCCUUAAUCAUCAAGAUCGGGCGGCCCUCUUCGCAAGUUACCCCUCCGUUAAAUGUGAUAUAGUUGAGUACUUAUGAUUGUUGCUCGGUUAAGCAGUAACUAUUCCUACUAUUAUAUUAUUAUAAUCAUAGCAUUAUUACACAACAAAUGCACGUAAAUGGGACGAUAAGGAAAAAUUCAGCGGUAACUGUAAUGAUCAAGUGGAUAUAGUGAUAAUUAAAGGAGGGGAAAAUAUCUAGCAUGGUUUAGAUGAAGUAUUCUAAAUAUUACCGGCUUCUUCGCGAUAUAUUAUUGUACAAACAGACAGUGUUACACAACAGUAUAGAAGAUCAGUGACGGUGAAGAUUCGUGACAAAUGCUAGUUAUGAAUACUGCUUUACGCGACUCUGAGAUUUGCAUGUGAUCUAAUUGAACAGCAGUAGCAGCGAGAGCGUCCGCUUGCGCAAGAAUAUCUAUCUCACUAUAAAACUCUACGAUCCUCUGUUGUUUAACUCAGUACGUUACGUUGACCGUUGUAUGAAAUUAUCAAUAACGAAAAUAGAGCGUCGUGUGAACGUUAUAAGUAUAUUCGCCAUUUUGCUAAACCCAAACUUUUCAUACACACACACACACACACACACACGAAUAUGUGUUUCUGUACACACGUGGAUCUACAUUAGCUUUGUUAAAGCAGCAAUUGUCAGGGUCAUGCUGAUGGGUAGCGGUGGCGUAAUGAUAGACGAUAACAUCAAUUCGACAAUUACAGAAUUCAUUGACGUUCUUUCUGUGUUUAUGUGUGUGUGUGUGUGUGUGUGUGUGUGUGUGUGUGUGUGUGUGUGUGUGUAUAUGAAAGUGUACGAGUUUAUGUACUGAGUGUAUGCUCCCUUGCGUACGUGUGCAUGUAUUUCUAAACGACGAAGCCUAAAAAUGUCUAUUAUGAUUAAAAAAGAUGAAAAUAGUAAAGUUGUUGAAAGGAAUCGAAUUAAAAAUUGUUGUGGCUAUCCACUUGGGUGUGUGUUGCUAGAAACUGCGUAAUGGCCCGUGCAUGCGGCGACCUAAAGCCCAUGGCAACGGAAAAGGGUAAGCCAAACAUGCAUGAAAUAAAGCACUGGACAACACAUUGUGGAACAACGAAGACAGAUGCUCGGAAGAUGCAGGUUGAAAAUAGGCAAAUUGGCCAAACAACAACAACCUAAGGAAGUCAAGCAACUAAAAAGUUUAUUACCAACCACUUUGUGGAUGAACUAUGUGUUUAGCGAUCACUGACAAACAAACGAAACGAAACGAAACACAUUAACAGCCGACUACAAUGAGAAAAUAAAGGAACGCCGAUAAUGCCACGCCAUUUUCUACAAAGUUUUUUCGACCGUUUGAUUGAGAUUGACAGACGAUACGAUAAGAAAGAAUAUUAGACGAUCGAGGACGGCAUGAGAGGCAACAACAGAUAUAAACAAAGACAAAAAGAAAACGAAAUAACGAUGACCAUAAGCAAGCACGAAACAAAGCAAUCGCAAUGGAAAAAACUAUUGACUUAAGUAAACAUCGGCAAUCUUACUACUGCUGCUGCUGCUGCUGCUGCUGCAACGAAUUGCCAACGACGAUGACAGCUUUGUACAUAAAAACACUAGAUGACGAUUAAUUAUAACAAGCAGAUGGACAGGACGAUUCUUUAACAACAAAGCAACACGAAUGGCGCUAAAAGUAAACACCAUCACCACCAAAAACAACAGGAAAUUAUAGGUUUUGACCCGACCGACCGCCGCAGACAAAAUCCAUAUCGAAAAAAGACUAUGUACAAGAAAAAGAUGGUCAAAAGAUAGCGGAAGAUCAAGAAGAGCCUAGUGGAAGUGUGUAUGUUCUAACAGUUUAAAAAGGAUAAAAGUCAUCUAUAGCGAAACAACUACAGAUGUAAACAUUGGCAAUCGGUAGGAAAAUUGAUGGCCAUUAAUAAUGCCCAGGCACGAAGUGGGUUAGACUAUACGACCACGGGCCAGUAAGAGUGAACUAAAAUGAAAGGUUCAAUUUGCUGAACUGCCCGUGCAGACAGACAAACAAACAAACAAGCAGUAGUAGCAGUAAUAACAAAAACUA